AUGUUAAGAGCUGUGAAUGAGCUCAACCAAAAAAUGUACGUCCCAAUUGCCACUUUCUCAGUAAUGGGAAUUAUUAUAGGAGUCAGUGUUUUUGCAUUUCUUUUCUCAUUUCAAGGAACUUUUGAAAAUAGAUACAUUCGAGUAACUACUUUAGUGUUUACCAUUGCAACUAUUUCCAUUCAUAUUUUUUGCAUUGGUCAAUUGGUCGAAGAUGGAUGUUUUAAAAUUUACAAAACGUUGAAAAAGAUGGAUUGGUACUGUUGGAAUAUUGAAAACAGAAAACUGUAUAUUGUUUUUUUACAAAAUACUCAAACCAUUUUUAGGCUCAAAUUCUCGCAAAAUGUCUCCGUCAACUAUAGACUUGGUUUAUCGAUCUUGAAAGCUAUUUAUUCGAUGAUUUCAGUUAUGAGCAAACUUCGAAAUAUUGAUUAUUCCAAAAUCUAA